UGCGACCGUUUGAGUGACAGACGCUGCAGUUGUAGUGGGGGAAGGGAUCGCUGAAGUUGACGGAACCGCCAUCUUGAAAAGUGCCCUCCGAUGAUCUACCUUUUCGCGCCUGUCAGAAUCAGUUUUAAACGCUUUAUUUUCCGUACCGGAAUUUCGUGUUACCCCUGCUUUCGUUUCCUUAAGGCCCGGGGCUAAUGGCAAGAUAAGCCACAUGCUGGAGACUCGCCGUUUACCGUUUUCUAUCGGUGUGUGCUGUUGAACUGCUGUAUGUGUGCUGUUUGUCAUUCUGUCCAUCACCACUGUCUGCCUGCCUGUCUGUCCAUCCGGCCUGCCUGGAAUGGGCCACAACUCCCAAAGAUUAGAACACACCUCGUUUUAGACUGAGCUCCGCCAUCUGGACUCCAACAUACUCACAGAGCCAAUAUGUUUUGGAAAUUUGACCUCCACACCACAUCCCACAUUGACACGCUGCUAGAGAAGGAGGAUGUGACGCUGACAGAAGUGAUGGAUGAAGAUGACGUCCUGCAGGAGUGCAAGGCCCAGAACCACAAAUUGGUUGACUUCCUGCUGAGACCACAGUGCAUGGAGGACCUGGUCACCUUCAUCACACAGGAACCCAGUGCUGAUGUUGAGGAGAAGGUUAAAUACAAGUAUCCCAACAUAUCAUGUGAGCUGCUAACAUCAGAUGUGAGCCAGAUAAACGACAGACUGGGAGAAGAUGAAAAGCUGCUGAUGAAACUUUAUGGCUUCCUCCAGACUGAGCCCCCUCUCAACCCGCUCCUGGCCAGCUUCUUCUCCAAAGUCCUGUCCAUUCUUAUAGGACGCAAGCCUGAACAGAUAGUGGACUUUUUGCGAAAGCGGGAGGACUUUGUAGACUUGAUGAUCAAACACAUUGGGACAUCUGCCAUCAUGGACCUGCUGCUCAGAAUGCUCACCUGCAUUGAACCACAACAGCUACGACAGGAUGUUCUCAAUUGGCUGAAUGAGGAGAAGGUGAUUCAGAGACUAGUGGACAUGGUACAGCCUUCUCAAGAUGAGGAUAGACAUUCCAAUGCCUCCCAGUCGCUGUGUGAGAUCAUCAGACUGAGCAGAGAUCAGAUGUUUCAGGUGCAGGGUUGCUCAGAGCCCGACCCACUUCUGGCCACACUUGAAAAACAGGAGACGGUGGAGCAGCUGCUGUCUAAUAUCUUCGACAAGGAGAAGAAUGAAUCUGCAAUUGUCAGUGUUAUCCAGAUCCUCCUCACAUUGUUUGAGACAAGGAGACCAGCGUUUGAGGGUCAUAUGGAGUGCCCCCCGGGGAUGUCCCAUCCUUCAUUUUCAGUCAACCACAGCAUCCUGGAGGCUGUGAGACCCCGACUUAAAGACUUUCACCAGCUGCUACUGGAACCCCCAAAGAAGAAUGUGAUGAAGACAACUUGGGGAGUGCUGGACCCUCCAGUGGGAAACACCAGGCUCAAUGUGGUCAGAUUGGUGGCCAGUCUGUUGCAGAGCAACACACACAGCAUCAACACAGAACUCAUUAACCUCAACACACUGGGAGUUAUACUAGACAUGUAUUUCAAAUACAUCUGGAACAACUUCCUCCACAUUCAGGUGGAGAUCUGCACAGCCAUGAUUCUGGCUAUGCCCCCUGCCCCCUCUGACCUCCAGCCAAACACAGAGCAGGAACAUGCAAGGGAGAGCAUCCUCAUCAAACAUUUGUUUCAAAAGUGCAAGUUUAUACAGAGAAUCGUAGACGCCUGGAGCUCCAAUGAGAAAGAACAGGCGGAAGGUGGUCGGCGACGAGGUUACAUGGGUCACCUCACCCGAAUAGCCAACUCUAUAGUUCAUAACUGUGACAAAGGCCCUAAUGGACCCCAGAUACAACAGCUCAUCUCAGAGCUGCCAGCAGACGACAGAGAGAAAUGGGAGGCUUUUAUUUCUGGGCAGCUGGCUGACACAAACAAGAGAAACACCAUCGACCUGGUAAAUACACACCACAUCCAUUCUUCCAGUGAUGAUGAGGUGGACUUUAAAGACAGUGGCUUUCACCAGGACUCUUCUCUACAACAAGCCUUUUCUGAUUAUCAGAUGCAACAAAUGACGUCCAAUUUUAUUGAGCAGUUCGGCUUCAAUGAUGAAGAGUUUGCUGAUCAGGACGAUGUUGUGGAUAUUCCCUUUGAUAGAAUAUCAGACAUCAAUUUUUCACUGAAUACAAAUGAAAGUGCAAACAUAGCUUUGUUUGAGGCACGUUGUAAGGAGAAAAUCCAGCAGUUUGAAGAUGCUGGUUCAGAUGAGGAAGAUAUCUGGGACGAAAAAGAUGUCACCUUUGCACCAGAGGCACAGAGACGCCCCAGGAGUUCAGGCAGCACAGACAGUGAAGAGAGCACAGACUCAGAGGAGGAGGAUGGGAAGAGAGAUCCAUUUGAAGCUUCCAACCCCAGCACCGAUGACAGAAUGGAAGUUGACACAGGGCCAGUGUGGACAGCCAACUUUGAUGACAUCCCCAUGGACACGGGUACAUCCACUGCACAGGCCUCCAGCCCCAACAACCCUACUGCCUCCUCUUCUUUGUCCUCCUCCUCUUCUUCAACAGAAGUCCUCCCCGAGACAGCAUGGAGUACCUCUCCUGCUGCCACUCGUAGCUCCGAAGCGGGCUGGGCUGAUUUCUCCAACUUCACCCCUGUUAGCCCAAAAGACCCACUGAGAUGCAACUCUCCUGUUGCUAUGGAAACCAGCAUAGAGACAAUAGACCCUCUGGGGGUCAAUGCACCCAUGCAGCCUGAAGACUGUGAUGGCUGGUUGGGAACCAAUGUGGCUUCUCCUUCCUCCACCUCAACAAAGGAUUGUGGGAGAUCUAAAGCGGAGGAGGAAACGGCUGGUUGUGAGCAGCGCAGCAUCACGGAGACAGUCAUCAAUGGCUCCAUGAAAGAAACGGUCAGCCUCACUGUUGAUGCCAAGACUGAGACUGCCGUCUUCAAGAGUGAUGAAGAGAAGAGUGCUGCUUCAGUAGUGGAGUGUGUGGAUUUGGAGAGAACAGGUGUCAACAGCUCAGCCGCAGCCUGCUGUCCCAAAACAGGCAGUGAGAAGUGUCGGUCCACUGUGGAGCUUCCCAAUGGUCCUCUAGAGGAAAUGUCAGCCAUAGAGGAGGCCAAACUGGACCAGAGUGCCGUGUCCUCAGAGCCAGCUGUAAAUGGGCCGGCGUGAGGGUCGUCCAAUGCCAGCCAAUGGCCAGCCUGGCUAGCCAGCGGAGGCCCAUGCUCAGAGCUGUACCAAUCACACGCCCCCACCAGGACCAGCAAUAUUCCCAUCGGCUCAUCUCUGACAGUCAGAUAGACAGGUGUACAGACACAGGAUGAACUGAACAGCAAAAUGAGACGUACUCAAAUGGAUACAGAAUAGUUUUUUUUUCUGCAUUUGUUUAUAUACUAUUGUUCUUAUGAGGUGAUGUGCGACUGAUAUCUUGCCACUCAAAAUUAAAUAGUAAUGUUGCUAUAGUUAAAGAAAUGAUUGUAUGAAUAAAAUAUUUUAUAAAAAGAAAAAUGUAUACAGAAACAUAAGAUGAAUUACGACAGAACCAGGAAUAGCUGAUUGGUUACCCAACCAACCACUAAGCUAGGUUUACUAGCUACAUCUGUUAUCUUUCAUAGCAGUCUGACACUUAAUAACAGUUGCUAUAUUUAAAAUUUUCACCCAACAUUGGUCUGUGUCUCUGAGCAAAGCUGCUCCUACGAAUUGAAACACAUUUUAAGAACCACACUUAGUUUUAUUU